AUGUUCCCCUCCCGGAGGAAGGCGACCCAACUCCCCUGGGGAGACUGCAGGGCAUUGGGGGUUGAAUGGUCUUUCCUGCCUCGGAAGUACAGCGUGUUCCAGCUCUUCUUUGCAUGCCUGUUCCUGGCCUUCCUCUCCUUGCUCUGGCUGCAGCUCAGUUGCUCAGGUGACAUGAACCAGGUAGGGCAGGGGCAGGGGCAGCUUGUCAGCCCUCCAAAGGCCUGCCCCCUGGAGCCUCCAGUCUCUUUGGAGGAGGAGCCUUCCUGGGGGCCCCACCGCCUGGCAGUGCUGGUGCCAUUCCGUGAGUGCUUUGAGGAGCUCCUGGUCUUUGUGCCCCACAUGCACCACUUCCUGCACAAGAAGAAGAUCCGCCACCACAUCUAUGUGCUCAACCAAGUGGAUCACUUCAGGUUUAACCGGGCAGCGCUGAUCAAUGUGGGCUUCCUGGAGAGUGGCAACAGCACUGACUACAUAGCCAUGCAUGAUGUGGACCUGCUGCUCCUCAAUGAGGAGCUGAACUACAGCUUUCCUGGGAGAGGGCCCUUCCAUGUGGCCUACCCAGAGCUGCAUCCCCUCUAUCACUACAAGACCUAUGUGGGUGGCAUUCUGCUUCUCACCAAGCAGCAUUACUAGUCGUGCAAGGGGAUGUCCAAUCGCUUCUGGGGCUGGGGCCAGGAAGAUGACGAGUUUUACCGGCGCAUUCAAAGAGCCGGUCUCCAGAUUUUCUGUCCCUCAGGAAUCAAAACUGGUUAUAAAACAUUCCAUCACCUACCUGACCCUGCCUGGCGGAAGAGAGACCAGAAACACAUUGCAGCUCAAAAGCAGGAACAGUUCAAGCUGGACCGGGAAGAGGGGCUGAACAGCGUGCGGUACCAUAUCGAUUCUCGUACCCUGGUGUCAGUAGCCGGAGCACCCUGCACAGUUCUCAACAUUGCUCUGGAGUGUGAUGCAGCUGAUACACCCUGGUGUGCAUUUGACUGA